AUGCCUCCUAGAUGUGUUAAUGUGAGACCUAGCACUCAAAAGAAUAGUACAUCUUCUGCACCUUCUGUGCCACCGCGUAGAGUGAACAUGCCUGAUGAGGGUGUAGGCCUUCUAAUGGAAGCUAUGAUAGGACUUCGGGCGUUGGGUGGUAAAGAGUUUUCUAGAGUGAAAGGUAUUGAUCUGACCGUUGCUGAGUAUUGGUUGGAAGGAGUUGAAAGGAUCCUCGAGAAGAUGUCCCAUUUUGACGAGGAGAAGUUGGAUUGUGCGGUGUCCUUACUCAACGAUGAAGCUCAUCAUUGGAGGAAUACGAUUAGGAGAGGUACUAUUUCUGAUAGAUUGACUUGGAAUUUCUUUCUUGAGGUCUUUAAGAGGAAGUUUAUAGGCGAGCAGUGUAUGGAGACUUGUAAGUGUGAGUUUCUGGAUUUGGUUCAAGGUGAUUUAUCUGUGACUGAUUAUGAGGCAGAGUUUAAUGUAGAUAUUGUUGAUGAGUUAGUGGAGAGAGCUAAAGCAGUUCAGGAGACUUUAGCUGAGCCACCUCGUUCUGUGGUUACUGAGUCUGGUAAGAGGGCUUCUGAUGGUGCUUCUAGAAAACUGCCUAAAAGAGGUGUAGUAGUGAAUAAAGUGUAUCAUAGAUGCCUCAUUAUGAUUCAAGGGCAUGUUUUCUCUGUUGAUCUUAUGGAAUUGUCUUCUUAUGGUUUCGAUGUUAUUCUUGGUAUAGACUGGUUAACUGAACAUAAGGCUAAGGCUGAAAAGAUGAUGGAGAAAGGUUGUAAAGCUUAUUUAGCUUAUGUGAUGAAUUCAGUUAGUAAGAAGUUGAGAGUUCAGAAUAUUCGCACUGUUAAGGAUUUUCCUGACAUGUUUCCUGAAAAGUUACUGGGUUUGCCACCAGAAUGUGAAGUUGAAUUUGAUAUCGAAUUUUAUCUUGGUACUGCAUUGAUUGAUCCUAGAUUUAGGUAUUAUCAGUUGAAGGUGAAAGAGUGUGAUGUGUUGAAAAUUACUUUUAGGACUCAGUAUGGGGAUUAUAAGUUUUUGGUGAUGCCGUUUGGUUUAACUAAUGCCCCUGCUGCGUUCAUGGAUUUGAUAAAUCGUGUAUUCUUUUCGUAUUUGGAUCAAUUUGUGGUUGUCUUUAUAAAUGAUAUUUUGGUGUAUUCUCGUUCUGAGGAGAAUUACGACGAGCAUUUAAGGAUUGUUUUACAAAUGCUUCAGGAUAAGCAGUUAUAUGUGAAGUUGAGUAAGUUUGAAUUUUGGCUUAAGGAAAUGACAUUUUUAGGUCAUGUUGUUUCAGUAGAAGGGAGUCGAGUGGAUCCAAAGAAGAUUAAGGUGAUUUUAGAGUGGAAGCUGCCUAAGAGUAUUACCAAAGUUAGGAGUUUCUUCGGUUUAGGUGGUUAUUAUCGUAGAUUCGUUGAAGGGUUUGCUCUUAUUGUUACACCCUUAACGAAACUGCUUUAG